UCCAGACGGACUCAUUUAACAGAACUGAAAAACUAAACAUCUAGUGUGAAUCCAGACGGUUUAUAAAGUGCGACCUGUUACGCUCAGCUGUGUGUCAGCGAUCCAAAUAGUCUGGGACUUUCCACAGCCGAUGUUUACCCACAGUUGUUUUGAGCCGUCUUUUGAGCAUACCAAUGGCUGAAAACACAGCAGGAGCCGUGGAAGUGACUUGCCGUGGAAGUGACUGUAUGUGUCCAGGCUGAAACUGUGUGUUUGGUGAGUGACUUCCAAUGGGUGGGAGUACAGUGACCCUCUGGUUACUGACUAGUUUGUUUCAGGGGGUUUUACUGACUUGUGAACAACAUUCAAACCCUGUUGAGGUGGAAAUUGCCUUUCAGCCUUUCCCAUCCAGUCAACAUCCAGACACCUACACAGUCACCUGCACAGAUGCAAAUAACCAUCUGGUGUAUGUGGAGCCUAUUGACUACUCAUCAUGCUCUCCUGAUUGUAAACUCUUUUUACACAUUGUUGAGAAUCCAAGAGGCUACACUGUCACCCUGAGGGCCCGCAGAAAUGGUACCACCAUCGAGGAAAAGACCUUUAACCUUAGUCCUGUUUCUCUGACCUCCUUUCAUCUAUCAAGCACAACCACUUCUUCUUUACUGAAAUGGAAAUUUCAAAGACAAAAUACGCUAUCCACCUUGACUCUGGAUAACACUGAUAGAACUAAUACCUUCAACAUAAACUCCUCAGCUCUCACAUCCCAGUACACAGUCAAAGCUCUUCAACCUGGCACACACUUCAAGGCCAACAUUGUGGUAACUACUUCUAUAAAACACCACAAACUCAUUUUGAAGCAGAGACUCGUCGUUGGCUUAGAAACAGCUCAUUGCCCCCAUGGCUGGCUGACUAAUGGGAGAAGCUGUUACUCUGUGAGAAGGGGAGGUUUAGCCUGGAGUGAUGCCCAGCGAGGCUGCAGAAACCUGGCUGCUGGAAGUCACCUGGCUGACCUGAAGACCCUGGAGGAUCUGCACUUUAUAUCUUCUCAUCUACUGAGCCACAACACUUUGCUGCUGCUCUGGACUGGACUCAAUGACCAACAGGAGGAGGGUCAACCUCUCUGGUCUGAUGGUUCGGUCAAUAAUCUGACAGAUGUUAUGAAAUCAUUACUGCCAGACAAUCAGACAGACUGUUUUGCCCUUCAGAGAAAUGCCACAGGACCAGGAUAUUUUCUCACUCCUUUCUUCUGUCACAUCCCACUUCCAUUCAUCUGCCAGUACCAAAUCCCUCCAGCUUCCUCCUCAUUCCCCUUUGACCUGGUUCAGGUGACAGAACGUGAGGCAGAGCUUCGUUGGAGUGAUCUUUCACCCCUGAAUUUGCUUAAUCAUUCAUCUUUUGAGAUAUUUCUUCAGUAUCAAGAGGAGGUACAAGGAGAUCUGUGGCAAGUCAAAGGAAGUAGAAGCAAGGACUGGACAGAGGAGAAAACACAGAGAACGCACAGUCACAGCAGAGUUAAAAAAGUUGUGAAAGUCCCCAUCUCCCUCUCCUCCAGAGGGGUAACUGUGGCAGGUUUGUUUCCAGGGAGCGUCUACUCUUUCACCCUGAAAGCCUCUCACCCUGCUGGAUUCAACUGGAGCUUGGGACAAACACGGACUGCAUACACUAGACCAUUUCCUCCUCAGAAUGUCACUAUCGGUUCUAUUACCGUCAAUCAGAUAACUGUUCGCUGGAUGCUGAAAGAUGCACAUUAUAUUGCUGGAUGGACAUUUGUUUUACGCUAUGUUGACCUGACUUCCAGACAAGAAAGAAUUGCCGGAAUGACCAACAUCUUCAGGUCAUCUGAAAGUGAUGGGUGGCACUCAUACACAGCUGUGAUUGGAGGGCUGGAGUCCUACAGGAAAUACAGCAUUGAAGUGAACACAGUCACCCUGCAUGGAAUUGAGAGCUGUGGACAGGUGCCUCUAUUUGUACAAACAGCUGUGAGAGCACCACAUGGUUUGGUGGUUAUGAGUUCUACAGGAAACCUGACUGUCUGCUGGAGUAGUCAACAUGUCGACCCGCCAGAUGGUUAUAAUAUCACAGCCCAAACACUCAAUAAGGCCCAUGUGUUUUUGCUGUGGAUAAAUCAUUCCAGUCCUGAUGCACGUUGGGGGGAUGAGACUGUGUGUGUUGCUGUGGAUGUAUUUACUCCAGGUCAGACUUAUGAAGUGGGCGUGGUUGCUGUCAGAGGAAAUGACAGAAGUCAGAAGACCAGUAUAGUACACACCAUAAAUCCAGUGGCGGUGCAGGUAGCAGUCCCCUUGUCAGUGGGCUCAACAUCUGUACACCUUUACAUCCAGCGUUCACAGAUGGGUUUGAUUGAUGGGGUCAAAGUUUGCAUCUGUCCAGGAGUUUGCGACACUAAGUGUGAGGGACAGUGUGGGUAUGUGUGCGACUGGUACCACCUCUCCACUGGCAUUCACAAUGUAACAGUUAUCAACCUCAACCCAGGAUCAGAAUACCAGUUCAAGGUGUACAGCACCAGCCGAAACCAGACUGGACCACCUUACCACACCCGCCUGAUUAAAACAAGUCUGGCUCCUCCGAGCAGAGUGAGGGAGGGUGUGGUGACAAAUUCAUCUAUAGAGCUGCUGUGGGAUUCAGCACAAGGACAUGCUCAGAGCUACGAGGUCGUCUGUUUCAACUGUGACCAGCAACUUAUGGUGCAGAAGGUUUCCAGUCAGAACGCUGUGUUUUCUGGUCUGACUCCAGGCCGACACUACCGUUUUGCAGUGCGAACAGAAAAGGAGUCUUUCACAGACAGUUCUUCCGUCACUAUCGACAUCACUGCUGCUCCCAGCACAGUGGAGAUGACUAUUGUCAAUAAAACCACAUCAUCUAUAUGCAUUAGCUGGAGUGGUGUCGCAGGAGUGGUGAGCAGAUUCAUCCUGUCAAUCAAAAAUAAAACGGCCAAGCAAGAGGUGAUCAUUAUUCAUCAAGAGCUCAGAUCUUACAUCUUUGAAGCCCUUUCUCCUGGAGUAAAAUAUACCAUUGAACUGAUCAGCGUCAGUGGAGAAAGGAUGAGUAAACCUGCCUCUGUGAUGCUCCAUACAAUCCCAGAGGUGCCACAGGAAGUUGCUCUCUCAGAGCAGGUAGUGACAUCUGUCUUUGUUUCCUGGAGACCACCACCAGGACAGGUGGAUGGGUACAAGGUGUUUUUUGGGCUGAUGUCUGUGGACAGGAAAUUUUGGAUUGAGGUGUUGGUCCAGAGUCCAAGUUAUGAGAUCGGAGAUCUGAUUCCAGGAUCACAAUACAGUGUCAGUAUUCAGAGUGUUCUGGGCUCAGACACAAGUCAGACAGUCCACAGAGAGUUCAGUACACGCCCCGCAGGAAUAUGUGGCCUUCAUCUGGGCUUCAUAAACUCAUCUUCUUUCUCUGUAAACUGGGACAAGGCCAUAGGUGAGUUCGACUUCCAUAGAGUCACUGUGGCCAACACCUCGGUCACACACAAGCUUAUAAUACCCAAGGAGGAGCAGGUUGCCGUGGUUACAGGGCUGCUAGAUGGCUGCAGCUACAACGUGAGUGCUGAAAGAGUGAGAGGAGCGACAACGGGGAGUGCUGCCUUUCUAACUGUAACCACAGUGCCAGGCCCUGUUCGAGGAGUGCGUGUUACCAAUGUGUCUGCACAUGCUUUCUCACUACAUUGGCUGCAGGCAGAAGGCUGCGUGGAUCACUAUCAUGUGGACCUGCUACCUAACCAGGGAAAAGUCACAGUGCACCCUGCACGUGGUGGAUACAUUCAGGCUGCUGUGGACAGUGUCAUUCCAGCGACACAAUACUCUGUAACGGUCACAGCAGCCUCCUCCUCAUACAUCAGCCCUGGAGUCAGCCGUAUGCUUACUACUGAGGAGCGCGUUCCAGGUAAACCCUCAGGUCUGACAGGCGAGGCUGUGGGCUCAAAUGGUAUUUUGCUGUCCUGGCUUAUGCCGGAUCCACAUCAAAAUAUUGAUGAAUAUGUCAUCAGGUACAAGGAGGUGUGUCCCUACCCAGAUUCCACUUUCACUGAGGUGACCAGGGUCCUGGAAAUACCAGAAGUCCUGCUUACUGUCUUCAUCUCAGGCUCUACAUAUGAAAUUCAGGUGGCAGGCGAAACCCAGGCAGGAAGAGGGCCAUUCAGCAAUUCGUUGUACAUAAAGACUGCUGAGUCUCCACCCAGUCUGGUGACCAAUCUGACAUCAUUUGCUUAUAACCACACCUACGUUAUGCUUACCUGGUACCUGCCACGUCGUAUUAAUGGUCUCAUCACAAAGUUUGCUGUGAAAGCAAAAAAUGUUCGGACAACGGAGUUAGUCCGCAUGCUGGAGGUCAACGCAGAGGACAUCAUGACGAUAGCACUGCCUCACUGCAACGAUGCAGCUGAAAUUCUGUCCCGUGGAACCAUUAGUCCCUUGGAGAUAACCGCUUCCUCUCCGCCCAUUACCGUCUCUGCCGUGCCCCCCGCAGCCUCCUGGAGUGUGCCCAUAUCAGUGGGAGUUGAUCAGCUAAGACCUUUCACUGCGUAUCUCUUUGAAGUGUCAGCAUUUACCAGUGAAGGAGAGGGACAGGUAGCAUCCUCUAUGGUCCGCAUGCCAGAAUCAGCCCCAGAGGAUCCACCGCAGAACUUCACUGUAGUGAGUAUGUCAUCAAGGUCAAUCUCAGUGUCCUGGAACUCUCCUAGUAUUAGAACAGGAAGAUUCACCUACGUGCUCUACCUUCGUGGACCUACAGACUAUUUGUCUGAAGAGAGCACAGCAGAUAUGCAGUAUACUUUCACUGAUCUGAACCCCUACACAAAGUAUACUGUGACUGUUCGAGCCAAAGCAGCUGGAGAGGUCGGUCCUGCUGCAUGGGAGACUGUAGUCACACCUGCUGAAGCUCCCAGUGCAGUACAAGCUCUACAGGCAGUAGCUGAGGAUUCAGUUUCCAUCCGUGUGAGCUGGAAAAGCCCUGCCCAGCCCAAUGGCCUAAUUACCCAGUACAGACUACUGGUCCUGGCAGAUGACGUCCUGCUGCAGGACAUCACACUCACCGGAGAACAGAAUGAGACUACAACUAGUUUGUAUGAAGAAGAGUCCUUCCCUCCUGAGAGUCCCGUGAGGCGUAAGAGACAUGUCGUACCCAGUCUGACCACAUCACCGCCGACCUUUACAGCCACUGUUUCCGAUCACACACUGACCAGUGCUGCUCACACUGAUGCUCCCCCCACUCUGGACUCUAAUCCAUCAGUCCACUCGAUGGUUCCCGGGACACCCACAUCCAAUGAAGCUCCCACUUUACACGGCGCCAACACAGAUAUUCAGACAUCAGAGCCUGCAGUUUUCGUGACCUCCGCUUUGUCUCUUACAUCUGCAUCACCUGCUACACAUCCACCAUGGCUGACAAGGCGAUCUGAGAUGGAGGAUAUGACCUCUGCCUCUUUCACUUUGACAACAGGCCAGCUUCACUUGUCUACACGUGAUGCUUCAUUAACAGGGCAUUAUUCAACACGCAGCACUGCAGUCUCUGGCACUACAGGGGUAACAGUGAGAGAAGAGGUGAUGGAUGUUUUGUCUGAGGAGCUGUCUUAUCUGGUGUCAGAUCUGAAUCCCUUCACCGAGUACACAUUCAAAGUUACUGCUUCAACUACUGUGGGAGAGGGUCCUGCUAUCAACAUCACUGAAAAGACCAGGGAACAAGUCCCUAGCUCUGUACUUGAUGUGUCCUACCAAAACAUCAGCUCCACAUCCAUUCUUGUCAGCUGGUCCCCCCCUGUCAACCCCAAUGGACGGAUCACACAUUAUACAGUCUAUGGUCUUAAACUGCACAAUAAUCAGGCCUUAAAAUGGGAAACCAACAGUACAAGCAUUUUAAUAACAGAUUUGGACAAGUACACUGACUAUAAGCUGCGUGUUGCCGCCUCCACAGCUGUUGGAGAGAGCGCUUUGUCUGAGGAAGAUGACAUGUUUGUUUUAACCUUAGAGGACGAGCCCGACUCCCCUCCCACAAACCUCACUGUGAUAGACAGCAGCCCCUCCACAAUGACUCUGACCUGGUCUCCACCAGAGGAAGCCAAUGGGAUAAUACAGUAUUAUGAGGUCCUGUAUGAGAACGAGUCAUAUUCUGCUUUGAUGAACAUGUCAUCAAACAAAGUCACUCUUAUAAACCUGAAGCCAUUUUCUUACUACAACGUUUCUGUGAGGGCGUACACUCGUUAUGGCCACGGCAAUCAGACAUCAGAUACUUUAUACCUGCUAUCUGGAGAGGAUGUCCCAGGCAGUCCUCCCUACAGUCUCACCUAUGAGUCGAUCAGUCCUAGUGAAGUGAAUGUGACCUGGCAGCCUCCUUUGGUGCCUAAUGGGAUUAUUACCAAAUACUCCGUGGAGCUGUGGAAUUCCACUCACUACUUGAACCUCACCUCAGAAACCAACCACAUCCUCAUCACGCACCUGAGAAAGUACGCACACUACCGCGUGAAGGUGCAGGCGCACACACGUGUCGGGCCAGGAAACUACAGCAGCGAGCCAUUCAAUAUCACCACGCUGGAGGAUGCUCCAGAUACACCACCUCAGUACCUCCAAGCCAGGAAAUUGUCAGACUAUGAGGUGGAAUUGUCAUGGCAACCACCACUUGAAGCUAAUUCAGACAUUCUAUACUACAUCGUCAGAGUUUGGAAUGAAACAAAUGAGCAGUGGCAGAAUGUAACAGAGACGUCAGUGGUUAUUAAUGUAGACUCAGAGAGUCGCUACAAUGCCUCUGUCUCCAGCUGGACCAGAAUGGGAGAUGGAGGAGUGCUGAUAUUUAUCAGCUUUUCAACUACUGAUGCAGAGCCAUUUGACCCUCCACAGAAUAUAACUUUUGCAAACAUCACUUACACUUCUGCCACAUUGAUGUGGUACCCACCCAGUGAACCAAAUGGGAUUAUUGUACACUACACCAUUUACUAUUCUAACAACUCUAACAAUCAAACUGUGAAUGAACAGAGGGUUCUUGUUGGUGACUUAUCAGCUCCUGCCUCUCAUAAUUCAGCCCUCUCUUAUACUUUGACUGGGCUCAUGGGGGGAACAGAUUACACCCUGUGGAUGACAUCCAGUACAAUACAGGGGGAUGGAGGGGUGCAGAGUAAACCUCUAAUCCUGUCCACACCUGUGGGAGUGCCAAGUGACUCAGUUAGCAACUUGACAGCAGUAAUCCACGGCUCCACUGCCAUCGUAGUCAGCUGGGACUCUCCUCUUCAGCCAAACGGCCGUCUUACUUACCUGUACAGCUUACAAGAAGCCGGCAUCCCCCCAAACACCCACGGACCCAACCAAGGGCCCCCAGCUGUCAACAAAACCAUCAAUAAGAACACAACAGACAACAUUAUUCUAUUCACCAAGCUCAGGAAAUAUUUCCCUUACGUGUUCACUGUUACCCCAGCAACUUCUGCUGGUGCUGCCUACAACCACACCAGCACAUUGUACCUGAGAACAGAUGAAGACAUUCCUAGUUCACCUCCAUUGCUGGUUUCCGCCAGGAACUUGUCAUCCUCCUCCAUGGCAGUGGUCUGGCAGCGCCCUCUGGAGGCUAAUGGGGAGAUAAGAGAAUAUACCCUCACACUGUCAGGCCCGGGGGGCUCCAACACAACAUACACUUCCAACACCUCAUAUGUCUUCACUAACUUACUUCCAUACACAGCUUACAACCUCACUAUUACAGCUGCAACGCGCAAAGGCUCUGGGCCUGUUCUACUGCAGCUGCUACGCACUGAUGAAGGAGGACCUAUGUCCCCUCCCCGUAAUCUGACUAUAUAUAACCACACAGCCUUUUCGGUUUGGCUGAGCUGGGAGCCCCCUCUGGAGCCCAAUGGAGUGGUGACACACUACGGCUUUAGGAUCAGAGAGCUCAUCACACACACCGUUACACACCAGAAUUCCUCUGGUCCGUCGACUACAGGGUAUCUUGCCGGCUUCAAGCCUCAUAGCUCCUAUGAGAUCAGUGUUUGCAGUUACACCAGAGUGGGCCACGGGAACCAGUUCAGCAGCCCAGUGACCUUCACAACCAAUGAGUCAGUAUCUGACGCUGUGGGGAACCUGUCCUGUACAGGUGUGAGCUGGGAUUCGGUCCAAUUGUCUUGGAAUCGUCCAGACAACCCUAAUGGACAGAUCCUUUUUUACGAGAUUAUAUUGGAGAUAGACAUGCAGUCUAACACACAUGAGGCCCAAACUCUAGAGUACACAGUGUCUGGCCUGUCGCCAGAACAGGAAUAUGCAUUCACUGUGGCCGCAGUCAAUUCUGCAGGACCUGGAGACAGAGUAAACUGCACUGCUAUCACUCUGUCUGAAUCAGUCCCAGCUGCCCCUCGCUUCCUUGGCAUCUCUGAGGUCACAUCUAACAAUGUGACACUGCAGUGGACUCGGCCACUCUCCAUUCCAGGCCUGCUGAAAAAGUACCAAAUAAUUGCACAGCUGCUUUCAACUGUUUGUGAACCAGACAUUCCGACUUCUGGAUCGGCAGCCACAGAGGACACACUGUCUUUGGACUGUGUGUCUGCCAAUAUCGAAGUGCCACUGAAUGUGUCAAAUAGCACUGAAGAGAGCGCUAAUGUCACAGUGCAAUCCCUGCUUAAAUACAGAUACUACAGAUUCAAAGUGGCUGCUGUGACCAAUGCAGGAGUUGGAGAAUACACAAAUUGGAUUCAUGCACGCACUCUAGCAGGAAACCCUGAUGCUCCUCCCCGUGGCCUCAAUGUGACUCGCAGCUCAAACAGCCUUCGCAUUGCGUGGGAUGCACCAGCUGUUCUGUCUGGACCCACAUCAUAUCUUGUGCAGGUGGAAGGUCCUGAUCUGAACUACUCAACAGUCCGGGCUCCAGAAGAGACUACGACUGUUGUUGUAACUAAUCUGAUUGCUUUCACCACUUACUUUGUGACUGUCAUCGCCUUCACUGGUCCUGUGGAGCUUGCUGCAACAGAGGGAAAGGCCAUCGGGCCUAUUAUGUAUCAAACCAUGGAGGAGGAGCCCAAAGAUCCCCCCAAGAAUGUGACGGUAUCAGUUGUCCCAGAGGCGGUGAACCGUGUGAGGGUCACUUUCUCCCCACCAGAGGAGCCCAAUGGAAACAUCACAGCUUACUUUGUGUACAUCUACGAGGGGGAAAGGAUGGUCAGAAAUAUAAGCAUUAAUACCAACAGUAGUGAAAAAAAUAAGCUGACUGCAGUUAUAGAUGGCCUAAAGGGAGGACACAAAUACAGUAUACAGAUCUCAGCAAAGAAUGGGGCUGGAAGGAGCCCACCCAGCCCUCAUGUCCAAAUAACUACAGGGAUCACAGCCCCGGCCAAGCCAACCCGAAGACCCCAGGCAAUGCUGGGCCAUGGAGGGGUUGCUAUGGUAACCUCCAGGAGUAUCACCAUCCAAAUGCCUGCCUGUUUCUAUAGUGACGACAAUGGACCAAUCACAAAAAUUCAGGUCAUCGUGGCCGAGUCAGAGGUGAAGGACAAUGAGAACAUAACCAACUGGAAGACUGCAUUUCUUGGUCGUCCUACCCCUUACCUGACUGACAAGGGCUUCCCUAACCCACCAUGUUCUGAAAACAUGAUGUCAAAUAUGGACACACAGAGUAGAAAUGGUCGCAGUUUGCUUCGGCACAACCGUCAAUUGGCGCAACAUAAUCACACUAUCCCUGAGAAGUAUGAAAUCGGAGCGAAUGACAGCUGUAUGGAUGAGAACAACACUGAUACUUACUGCAAUGGUCGUCUGAAACCCAACACUUUUUAUGUGUUUAAGUUCAGAGCCACUAACAUCAAUGGCCAGUACACAGAUUCUGAUUACUCUGAGCAAAUCAAAACUGCAGUUAAUGGGCUGUUAACCAGAGACAACCAGAUCAUUAUGGGUGUUCUCCUCUCCUUCUUCUUGGCAGUGUUGCUUAUUAUGAUCAUCUGCUGCUCAGUCAAGCUCCAUCGGCGCAAGAAGGAGGGUGAGACUUACUCACCUAGAGAAGCAGAGAUCAUAGAAACCAAAUGCAAACUGGAUCAACUCAUCGCUGUGGCAGAUCUGGAUCUGAAGCAGGAUAAACUCAACCGGUACUCAUCCUUCUUCUUUAGACGGAAAGAGAUAUAUGUCAUCCAGCUACUCAGCUACAGGAAAUCACUCAAACCUGUCAACAAGAAGUCUUUUCUGCAGCAUGUAGAAGAUCUGUGUGGCAACGACAAUGCCAAGUUCCAGGAAGAGUUUUCUGAACUUCCAAAGCUGCUGCAGGACCUGGCCACCACAGACGCAGACCUGCCCUGCAACAAAGCUAAAAACCGCUUUUCCAACAUCAAACCAUAUAAUAACAACCGUGUCAAGCUGCUCUCACAGCCGGGCAGCGAUGCAGGCUCUGACUACAUCAAUGCCAGCUUUGUGUCAGGUUACCUGUGUCCCAAUGAAUUCAUAGCCACCCAAGGUCCUCUGCCUGGCACAGUAGAAGCCUUCUGGAGGAUGAUCUGGGAAACCGGGACACGCACCAUCGCCAUGCUCACGAAGCGUUUCGAGAAAGGCAAAGCUCGGUGUCACAUGUACUGGCCAGAGGAUGAUAAACCGAUGUCAGUGUUUAGUGACUUGCUGAUCUCAUUAGUGUCGGAGCAGGUUUUUCCUGACUGGACUGUUCGAACCCUGAGAGUAGAAAGGCAUGGACAUUAUAUCCUGGUUCGCCAAUUCAACUACACGUCGUGGCCUGAGCAUGGGGUCCCAGAGUCCUGCAGCACCUUCAUUAAAUUUGUCAGAGCUGUCCGAACCCACAGACAUGAAAACUCCACUAUAGUGGUACACUGCAGUGCUGGUGUGGGCAGAACCGGUGUGUUUAUUGCUCUCGAUCACCUCAUUCAACAUGUCAGAGAUCACGACUUUGUGGAUAUUUACGGCCUGGUGGCUGAGCUUCGCAGUGAGAGGAUGUGUAUGGUACAAAAUCUGGCUCAGUACAUCUUCCUGCAUCAAAGUACUCUGGAGCUCCUGAAUAACAAAGUCAACAGCCAGUCCAUCUGGUUCGUCAGUUACUCUGCUCUGGAGAAGAUGGACUCUUUGGACACCAUGGAAGGGGAUGUUGAGCUGGAGUGGGAAGAGACCACUAUGUAAUGACUCAAAGAGUGACAGCAGUGCCUGAGGAAGAUUGACACAUGUAUUUUUGGGUUCACUGGAGACGGGACCUGUGCACUGACCCCGGACUGGACCUCCUCCAUGAAGCAAGGGAGGAGACAGGAGGAAAACAGGAGGUGGCCUGAACCUCCUGAACUGAAUGUUCUGUCAGUCAACUGAAGACUAUGUUCCUCCACUUCAACCUACCUUUUACAAGUCCUCCCUUUUAUCAACCUGUUGACUUUUGAGUGAGAGAAACAAAAGGGAGACAGGGACAAAUAAUUUCAGAUCGACUGGGAUAAAAUAAGAACGGUGAGCUGUCUGUGAGAGCUCUAUCGCUGUCUGUAAUCCUACACGUACUUUGCACAAAUGUAUUUGACUGUGUAUUGUAAUAACUAUAUGACGAUAACAUCUGUUUUUGUAAGAUAAUUUAUUCAGCCAAAAAUGUUUUUUCAGUCUCUUUGUAAAUCUACCUUUGUCGAGUUGUUAACAGCAUUUCUGUUUUGUUUAUUCUUUCUCAAGUGUGACUUGCAAAAAUAAAGCAACUUGUAUUUUU